GUCUCCACCAAAAUUUUCCAACAGUAGAAACGCCAGUACUCGUCCAAGAGGGUCCUACCUUUAUUACCUUAGUUUAAAUAAAACAACUUAGGUCGACAUUCUGUAAAAUUCUAAGACUGCCUUCAAAUCAGAAUCUGUCGAGACCAAAAGCAGAAGCACCAGAAGAAGUGCUUCGAUCAACAACAAGAAGCGAAAACAAGGAAAUUUCAAAUAGUCAUGAAGAAAGGAAGCUUAGGAUCCAACCUCAAGCUCACUCUCCCUCCUCCUGAUGAAGUUUCCAUCUCUAAGUUCUUGACACAAAGCGGUACGUUCAUGGAUGGGGAUCUCCUGGUUAAUAGAGAAGGGGUUCGGAUCGUUUCUCAUAGAGAAGUUGAAGUUCCACCACCUAUUCAAGCAUCAGACAACCAGAUGAUUUUAGCCGAUCUCGACGCGAUUAAAGUUAUUGGCAAGGGAAAUGGUGGGGUUGUGCAACUGGUUCAGCACAAAUGGACUCAUCAGUUUUUUGCAUUAAAGGUAAUUCAGAUGAACAUUGAAGAGUCUAUCCGCAAGCAGAUUGCACAGGAGUUGAAGAUUAAUCAAUCGUCACAAUGUCCAAACAUUGUUGUAUGUUACCAGUCCUUCUAUGAAAAUGGUACCAUUUCAAUCAUCCUAGAGUACAUGGAUGGUGGGUCUUUGGCAGAUCUUCUGAAGAAGGUCAAAACAAUUCCAGAGUUUUAUCUUGCUGCCAUUUGUAAGCAGGUGCUGCAGGGUUUGUGUUACCUUCAUCAUGAAAAGCACAUCAUCCAUCGGGACUUCAAACCCUCUAAUUUGUUAAUCAAUCAUAGGGGAGAAAUUAAGAUAACAGACUUUGGUGUGAGUGCAAUAAAGGCAAGCACGUCCGAACAGGCAAAUACAUUUGUUGGCACAUACAACUAUAUGUCGCCAGAGAGAAUUGUCGGUAGCAAUUAUAGCUACAAAAGUGACAUUUGGAGCUUGGGGUUAGUACUGCUGGAGUGUGCAACAGGUCAAUUCCCAUAUACACCACCAGAUCAAAGUGAAGCAUGGGAUAACUUUUUUGAGCUUAUGAGUGCCAUUGUUGAACAACCACCACCUUGUGCACCUUCUGAUCAAUUUUCUCCAGAGUUCUGCUCAUUUAUUUCUGCAUGUGUACAGAAAGAUCCUAAGGAUAGAUUGUCGGCUCAGGAUCUCCUGAGACAUCCUUUCAUCAGCAUGUACGAUGACGUGCAUAUUGACCUUUCCUCUUACUUCACCGAAGCAGGAUCUCCCCUUGCAACAUUUUAAAACCUAGCCGGAUGUGGACUGCCGGUGUUACGGUGUUAGGGGCCAUGGAUGUACUGUCACGAGUAAACUUUCUUUCGAUUUUAGUUCCCUCGGUAGCAUAAGCGUGGUUUUGUAAUUGACAAAUUAUUUUUACUUGGAAUUUUUGAUUUCCUUGCAAACUAAUCAUACUUCUUCCUGCCACACUUCAAACUAGGCAAUUUAAUGCCUGAAAGCGAGCAGCUUUCCAUAAAUUUGAGGUUUAUACCAGAUCCAGAAGUAGUAUUUUAUGUUCACAUAUUCUGUUUGUUACUCAUCAAAUGCACUUGAAAAUCAAUUCAUCUGUCUAGCGUCGA